AUGGAGGACAUGGGGAUACGAGCCCGGGUUAUUCAGAAAGCUGUAGUUAGGAUAGUACGAGACGAUGCCGCACGACUUCAGGUGCGUUGCGGAAAAUCAACAGGGACGCUGGCCUCCUCUUCCGACUCUCUGACCAUGGCCGCAAAUGCCGUCUCUCCGAGCCUGAUACCGCCGCCGGCAGCCGUGUCCAGCUUUCCAGGAUGCAUCUUCCUGCCCAUUGACCGCCGCUGGAGCCAGUAUUUCUUGCCCUCAGAGGUCAUUGUCCAGGCAAUGAGAUGCGCCCCAAAAGAGAGCACUUCAAAGAGCUGGCUUCCGCCGCCGUUGUUCAUGUUGAAGUUUUUCGAACAGAUGCUCCCCUUCCGGAGUCAGCACGCGCACUGGCUCACCGGUCCAGCACAGUUCCUUGAUUUUGCCUUCAGCCUUGGCCCGAGAGAUUGUGUCAUUGAUGAACCGCGUUCGAGUGUCAAAGAGGUCUCCUCCGUCAACUGGGGCUUGAAGUUGCAGCAUCCUACGUUCCCGGUCGAUUGUCCACAACCUGUUCUCGACAUUUCGGCGAUUUUGUCCGAAGACAACAACCGCAAGAAGCUGCAACAAGCUUCGGAGAUCCUGGGGGUCUCAGUUUCUGAUCUCGUCGCCUUUUCCUCACACCGCCGCCGUGACCACGCUGAACAGCGGUCCCAAACCCCACCCGGCAAUGAUCAAGAUCGGAUGUGCGUGAACCCCAAAGCGCCAUCAACUUCACAGAUCAACCAGCUAAAUUCCCUGCCCAGUUGCCAAGUUCAAGCGCCUGCAGGGUACGACUUCAACUGGGCGCAACUUCAGGGAAACGAACCGGGCCACUGGCUGGCCCGGCUCUACCUGCACCGUUGCUUGGAUCUGCAGUCACCGCCAGCUCAGCCGCAGAUUCCGCAGUUCAGCGCACGUUAG